AUGUCACAUGUGACGUGGCGCUCCUCGUGGUCCGCCGCUGGCGAUGUCAAUGUGCAGCUCGCGAGUGACACCACCCUCUCUCUCACUCCUCUCCCGCUGCGUCUAACACACCCUGCAGAUAACGUCGUCGUACCGUGCAAACUCUCGCUGCUCUGGACGCAGCACCCGCUAUGCUGCUCUGAUCUCCAGCUCGAGGUCCGAUGUUCCGCCCGUCACGUGGAGCUCUACGUCGAAAGCACGAGGCGCAAUUUGCUGGGCGAAGACGAGCUAUGCGAAGUGUAUUUGGGCACCUUUCGAGGCACGAAGGAGAGUUCCGAGCCGCCGCUUUUUGUCAUGUCACCACGUAUCACGCAGAGCGAUCGAACCGGUGACGUGCUUCGAAGCGUGCGCGCGUUGCAUGUCAAGUUCGUAUCGUUAACGGGAGACAAAAGUGUACUGAAAGUACACGAGUUUCAGUGUGGUUUCGUCCCGGUAAAACCGGCUAAAACCGAUGAGCUCAGUACUGCAGAGGUGGCAGCCGCGAUGCAUAAGGAUCAACGCGGUCAUAGCACAGCGCCUAUAUUGGAUGUUGAGGUACUUCUGAGAGACUUCCAGCAGAAAAUGGAGACGAAAGUAAAACAAGUGAUCGACGCGAAAUUGUCGAUGCUGUCCCAACGUCUAGCAUUAUCAGAGCAGGCCUUGUAUCAGAUGCACAAGAAGAUGGAUGCGAAACACGCCGACGUUCAGGAUAGUCUCAACCAGAUUCGGUUGCAGUUUUCCAAUUUCGAAGACGAGCUGAGUCGAAUCAGCACUGUGAAUGAUGAAGCGAAGCAGCACAUGUAUGAAGGUCAGGAUGAGAUGAACGCAAAGGCAGUGGAGAAGACGGGCGAUGAGCAACUGGAGGGGGCGCCGGUGGCUACAGAAACGGUCGUUGCAGACGGUGAUUGA